AUGGAGGCGUUCCGCUAUCUGCGAGCGUACGGUUUUCUAAGGGAUGGCGGGGGAUCGCUGUCGUCCGAUUACGCGACAUCUCUGCGUCGCGUGCUGUCGCUAUUUCAAGAAUAUUAUCAACUACCUGGUAAUGGCUCGUUAAACGUCGAUAUGCUCAAUCUCAUGCGCAAACCGCGAUACGGUCUAGCGGACAUUCUCGAUUGCGCGUUCGCGAAAAAAUGGCCGAAAACGAGACUCACGUGGAAUUUUCAAGUGGCUAGCGAGGAACUCUUACGAACGAUCGAAGCGGCGUUCGCGCUAUGGGCGGCGAAUUCGUCGUUAAAUUCGCGCGCGACUCGCUACGUCCCGAUAUAUUAA